AUGGUGGAGAAAAUGGAUUUGUGGGAGUUUGAUUUUAAUGAUACCCUGUUGAGUAUAGAUGACCUGGAAUCCAUGCCAGAUGAGCUCUUGGCCAUGUUGGAUGACACGUGUGGUCUCUUUGAUCCCCUACUCCAGGAGACUAAUAAGGAGCCCCCCCAGAUAGUGAACCCAAUUGGCCAUCUUCCAGAAAGUUUACCAACAAUUGACCAGGGUGCCCCAUUCACUUUCUUGCAACCUCUUCCCCCUUCCCCAGGGGCCCUGUCUUCCACUUCAGAUCAUUCCUUUAGUUUAGAGCUAUGCAGUGAAGUGGUUAUCUCUGAAGGAGAUAGCAAGCCAGACUCCACCACUUGCAGUACUGUGAUCCCUCAGUGCAUAAAGGAGGAGGAUGCCCCCUCAGAUAAUGAUAGUGGCAUCUGUAUGAGCCCUGACUCCUCGCUGGGCUCUCCCCAGCAUAGCCCCUCCACCUCCAGGGGCUCUCCAAAUAAGAGCCUGCUAUCUCCAGGUGCCCUCGGUGGCUCUUCCUGCCCCAAACCCUACGACCCUCCUGGAGAGAAGAUGGUAGCAGCAAAAGUAAAGGAUGAGAAGCUAGACGAGAAGCUGCAGAAAAUGGAGCAGAACAAGACAGCAGCCACUAGGUACCACCAGAAGAACGGGGCAGAACAGGAGGCUCUUGCUGGUGAAUGCAACGAGCUAGAAAAGAAGAAUGAGGCUCUGAAAGAGAAGGCAGAUUCCUUGGCCAAGGAGAUCCAGUAUCUUAAAGAUCUGAUAAAAGAGGUUCGCAAGGCAAGGGAGAAGAAAAGGGUCCCCUAG